GUUAUAUUUGAUAUUAGUGAUUCCUCGUCUCCCGCACCUCCAUGCAACGGACUCGACCUAGUUCUCGGAGAAGACAACAGUAAAAGACUUCGACAACGCCCAACGCUUCCAUAAAGAACGGUUAUCACCGCAUAUAGCACCCCUCCAAGUUUAAAGAGGAGAAAAAUGAAGUUGUGCAUUUUGUUAAUAUCAGGAGUGAUUGCAUGCAAUUUAGGUGCCAUCAAUGGCUUUAGAAUGAAAAGAGAUAUGCUUGACUAUUGUGGUUUACCUGUAAAACUUCAAAAUACUAUAUUGAAUUGUAUCCAGUCGCAACUUUCCUUUAAGGAAAGGCAAACGUAUUCGGAUAUUGCUCGAUGCUUUAAUAAAGAUAACUUUAUUGACCUUAUGACUAAAUUAUGUGGCAAAACAAAAGAAGAGAUUGAUGCAAUGGUAGAACUGCAUGAAGAUUGUUUGGAAAAGGUGGACUCUUAUGAUGAACUAAAUGAAGUCGUUAUAGAUGAAGUGGAGGUAGCGAAAUGUGUCCAGAAUAAUUUCUCAAAAAAAAAAAUUGACGUGUACGAUUCGUAGCUGUUUAGUUUAUCCAAUGUUAAGCCAUGUGUUAAUUUUCAUUAAAUAUGCGUAAUUAAUUCUUGUAAAAUUUAAUAAUUUGUUUUUAAAUUUACUAUUUGCUUGUAAU